AUGAAAGACAGAUAAUUCUUAAGAGGUUAAAUAUUACAUUGUCUAACUUUUUGUUAUUCAAUUUAUUUCUAUACAAUACGAAAUGAAACGAUUAAUCUGAUUUGCAUGAUAAUUGCAAGCAUAAUUUAAAUAGCUAUGUUUGUUUUGAGAUUUAACAAUUUAUAAGUCAAGGUAGUCGGAAUUAUACUAUGUAUUUAAAUAGAUUUGAUCUGCUUGAUUAUUUUAAAUGUUGCAAAUCUCAAUGUGACAACAUAUGCAUAAUUAAUAUGGAGCCUACACAUAUCAAAGGACUUAUUCAAAUAAAUUGUGCCAUAAAAAUAUUAUUUAAUUAAUCCUCGUACUCUAUGUAAUGGCACCACCUUAAUAGUAAUAAUAUUUUAGUAAUUGUAUACUCAUUUGUAAACAAAUUUCAGUGUUGAAUCUCCGUAAUUAAUACUCUGUUUGAUUAUGUCAAUAAUUGAUAAUGCAAAUUUUAAAGAGAAUAAAACAUUGAGAAUUUAGGAGAUAACAAUUCCACCACUUGACACUGGAACAGUGAAUAAAUUAGAUGGAGUAGCCAAAAGAGCAAUUUCAAUAGUAUCCCAACUUUCAUAAGAUCAGUCAAAAGAAGGACUUCGAAAAGGGUAUGAUGAUUUUAGUUUUAAUUAAUAACAGUGUAUAAAUCCAGAAAUAAUUUAAAAUUCUUUAGAAUAUUUUUAAGAAGGAUUGAUAGUAUUAAAUGUUUAAGAUGAAUAAAAUAACAUUUAUAAAAUAUCAUACAUGAAUAAUGCAACAAGGAUUCUUUUUGGAAAAGAUUAAGAGAUAGAUAUAUUAUUUAUUUUGGAAAGCUUACAAUCUUUACAUUUGUAAAAUUAGGAAUAUGUUGAAGAUUAAAAUUAAAGGAGAGAUUCUGUUCAGUAAAAGCUUGGAAAUAUUUCAAAUUCAAAAUUGAGCAAAUCUUUAUUUAUGUUUUGUUCAUUGAAGUAGCCUUUAGUUGAUAUAUCUUUGUGUGAGAGAAAUUAAACUUUUAGUAUGAAAGACUUAUUGGAAAAGAUCGUGAAGACAAGGAGAGAAGAUUCAAUAAUAGUGAAUACUCAUAUUGAUUUUAGUUAAUUGGAGAAUCAAAAAGUAAUAAAGAAAUCUUAGAAUUUAACAUAUUCAAGAUAAGAUACAGAUAGAUUAAUGGAAUUUUAAUUAACUUUAUUAAAAGAGAAGAAUAUUUUAAUAAUUUGUAGAGAUGUGACUCAUCGUUAAAAGAUUCGAUAUUUAAGAGAAUAUGAUAUUUAGAAAUCUAAAAUGCUUUCAUUUGUGAGUCAUGAAUAUAGAUAACCUUUAGGAUGCAUAAUAUAGAUGAUUGAAUGUGCUUUAUAAUAAAAGGCGAUAAAAAAAAAUUUAGAAAUAAGUGAAGAUUUGUAAGCAGCAUUGGAUAAUUCAAAAUAUAUGUUGAAUUUAUCUAAUGAUUUAUUAGAUUUAGCUUAAAUAAAGAAUGGAAAGUUUAAAAUAUAGAAAGUACCAUUUAAUUUAGAGAAAUUGAUAGGAGAUUCAAUAAAGAUGUUUUCAUUGAAAGCAAAAAUAAAGGAUUUGAAAUUAUUUUGUGAUUAUUAAGCAUUUUUACCUAAAUAUAUAGUAUAAGAUAAGAAUAGAAUAAAAUAGAUAAUAGUAAAUUUGUUAAGUAAUGCAUUUAAAUUUACUUGUACUAGAAUAGAAGUGAUAGUAGAAUAGUAAGGAAAUUAAAAAUUGAGAAUAGGAGUAAGAGAUGAUGGUAUAGGAAUAAGUGAAGAAGAAUAAUAGGUUUUAUUUAAAGCUUUUUCAAAAGUGAAUUCAGAGGAGAGUAAGAAAUUGAAUGAAUAAGGAGUAGGAUUAGGCUUAGUAAUAAGUAAUUAAAUAGUAUAAAAUAUGGGUUGUUCAGGAUUGAAUAUUGAAUCAAAGAAAGAUUAAUAGAAUCAUUUUUCUUAUUUUUACUUUGAUAUUAUAAUGGAGGUUCCAAAAAAUAAGUAGAAAGUACCAAGUUUUAAGAUUCCAGAGAUUUCACCUUAAUAUUAAGAAGUAGAUGAGAUAACAACAUUUAAUUAAGAUUACAAGAAGAUUAUUUUGGAGAUGAUUUAAUAAUGUUGUCAUUAUUUGAUAGUAGAUGAUGAUUGUUUUAAUGGUUAUGCAUUUCGAAAGAUAUUGAUAGGAUUAUAGAACAAAUAGAAAUUAUCUAUAUAAUAAUUUGAUGUAGAAUAUGUAUCAUCUGGAAAGGAUUCUUUGAUAAAGAUUUAAGAAAAGAGAUGCAGUAAGAUUUGUUAAGGAUAUAAAUUGGUAUUUAUGGAUGUAGAAAUGCCAGGUAUGAAUGGAAUUUAAACAACGAAGUAAAUUUUGAAUAUCAAUCCAAAAUAAUUGAUAGUAGGAUGUAGUGGAUAUUCUGAUUUAUAGGAGAAAUAGAAAUGUCUCGAAGCUGGUAUGGUAGAUUAUUUAAUCAAACCAAUUAAUGAGCAAGAUCUCUUAUAGAUACUAUAAAAAUAUUAAUGA